AUGUCUUUCUGUUUCUACAGGUUCAUGAACCACCGGGCCCCAGCCAAUGGCCGCUACAAACCAACUUGUUAUGAACAUGCUGCUAACUGUUACACACAUGCACAAUACCUGUUUCCAGUACAACUGACUACUUCAUCCAGCUCUCCUUCCGAUUACCCAAGAAAGUUCCUCAUUGUCCCGGCCAUCGUGGGCAGCGCCCUCCUCCAUCGGCUGUCUGACGACUGCUGGGAGAAGAUAACAGCAUGGAUCUAUGGCAUGGGCCUCUGUGCCCUCUUCAUCGUCUCCACAGUAUUUCACAUGGUGUCAUGGAAAAAGAGCCACCUAAGGACAGUGGAGCAAUGUUUCCACAUGUGUGAUAGAAUGGUUAUCUAUUUCUUCAUUGCUGCAUCUUAUGCGCCAUGACGUGGUCCAGUUUUAAACACUCAGAAUUUCACAUCAUGCCAUCGACUACAGCAGUCAUUAGAAACAGCCGGCCUCUAGACUCUGGCUCAUGCAGCAUCCAUCAUGCAAGAGAAACCUAAGUAUCUACUGGAGUAAAAGGGAAGUGCUCUCUCUCUCCAGCACCUGUUACUAAAUUACAGGUCUGCAUUAUAUUGGAGAGAGAACCCUUAAAGGCUUUUG